AGAUCGUUAUAUGCAUACGUUUGAAUAUUCUAUUGGCGAGACGAGUGACCCGGAACUGAUCGUAUUUCUUGACGUCAUGUAUUAUCGAAACACUAUUCUCGUUACAGUAUGUAUAUAUGUAUAUAUCUAUUGCAUCGCUGCACUCGACAUUCUCCAUGAUCAGAGUAAUGCAUGCCAUAACCCAAUAAUUAUUCGCGAAACUUUUCCGAAGAGGGAUGAAGUUGUUUAGUUAUUCAAAAGUUCUUCGCCUGGUUCGGUUUCUUUCUGUUAGGUUGGAGACGUUGGAGUACAUACGUCUCGUUAUAUCACGUGUCUACAGAAGUACUUUGAGAUCUUUCUUCCACGGAGGGAUGAAUAAAUUGGCCAAAGUCACUGCGGCGACUGGAGAUCUGGCGAAAUUAGACUAUCUUCUCAAGUGGAACCGAGUCCUCUUGAGAUCUUUUGGUGUGUGGCCACUCAAUCACACCACGACAUCAAGACUUGAACGUCUUGGUACAUUUUUGUUGAUUUUCAAUCUCGGAACCUUGGUGGUCGCGGAAUGGAUUGACUUGAUUAAAAUUUGGGGACAUUUAGAUCUGAUGCUUAACAAUCUGACUGCGAAUUUGGGCACUUCGUUGGCACUGGUUAAACUCCUUAUUAUACGAUGGCAUGUUGAUACACUUCAGGGCCUCAUUGCUGAUGUUCAAAACGACUGGUCCGAAGGUUAUACUGCUAAGGAUUGUGAGGUGAUGAUGGUUCGAGCUAAGAUUGCUCGAUGGUUUUCGAUUGUGGGUCCAGUCCUCGCAUUACCAUCGGGUCUGUUUUUUGCGUUGACUCCUCAGGUUAUUAUGUACUCGAAGAAUGGGACGGAAAUAGCGAUGUUGAUGCCGUUCAGGUCGACGUACUUUUUCGACGUUACGUCGACGCCCGUUUACCAAUUCACUUACUUUUCGCAAGUUGUAGCCUGCUGCACAUCAUCGGCGGCGUAUUCCGGUAUCGACUGCUUUUUCGCAGCACUAGCUUUUCACGUUUGCGGCCAACUCGAAAUACUCGGUAAUGCGAUUCGUGGAUUGGAAAGGAAAGAUUAUCGGAUCGUUAAAAACUUCGUCGAACGUCACCUGCGACUCAUCCAGUACAUGAAUGAUUUGGAGAGCAUUUAUUCUGCGGUUAUUUUCGGUCAGCUUUUGACAACAUCCUUGGCGAUAUGCAGUAUUGGAUUUAAGUUCAUCAUGUCUUUGGACACCGGGGAUUUUGGGGAUAUGGGAAAGUUUUCGAUAUAUUUAUCCGCGAUUCUGAUACACAUAUUUCUGUAUUGCUAUUCUGGGCAAUGUUUAAUCGACCAGAGCACCCAUCUCAGCGAAGCUGCCUACAGCAGUCCGUGGUAUCAGAUGAAAGGAUCUGACGGCCGAGCUUUUAUACUCAUACAAUCGAGAGCUCAGACGCCGUUUCAAAUCACAGCUUUGAAAUUCUGUGUCAUGUCACACUCGUGCUUUGCAGAUAUACUUCGUACCUCCGCAACCUAUUUCUCGGUUCUGCGAGCGAUUAAAUGAAUGACAAGAAUCGUCAAAGUUUGCACGAUUCGAAGAAUUUU